CAGUUUAAAAGUGGUCGUCUUGGUUGGUAGUCGUAAGCAAUUUGUGUGCGGAUAAUUAUUGUGGUGACAUUCAUUAACACUUUUUUUUAUAAUUGUCAUUGUGAUUUCCUGGUACUAUUUCUUUUUAUAAAUUUUUUGGUGAAGAAAUAUCUUAAAAAGAGAAUUAAAAAAUGCAUUUAUUUUGAAAAAAAAAAUUCAACAAAAUAUCAAAAAACAACGGCCAAAGUUUUCAUUAAUAAAAGUGAUUAAUAAAAAGUUAAUGGAAGUUGAAAUACAUAAAAAUAAAACGAUAAAAGUUAUAAAAAGUUGAAAAAAAGCAAUCUAAAAAAGAUUAGAAGGAAAAAAGCACAAGCAAAUCAUUGAAAAAAAGUAACAAAAAGGGCGAAGAAGCAGAAAAAGAAGAGUGUAAUGGGUAAACAAAAAAUCUAUUGCGCCAAAUGCGACAAAAAAUGUUCCGGUGAAGUGUUACGUGUCGCUGAUAAACAUUUCCAUAAGGCCUGCUUCCAAUGUUGUCAGUGUAAGAAAUCAUUAGCCACAGGUGGUUUCUUUACCAAAGAUGGUGCUUACUAUUGUAUACCCGAUUAUCAGCGUUUAUAUGGUACAAAAUGUGCUGCCUGUUCGAGUUAUGUGGAGGGGGAAGUCGUCUCAACAAUGGGUAAAACUUAUCACCAAAAGUGUUUCACAUGUUCCAAAUGUAAACAUCCAUUCAAAUCUGGCAGUAAGGUAACUAACACGGGUAAAGAGGUGCUUUGUGAAAAUUGUGUUGCUGGGCCCGGUGCUGCAUCACCCACACGACAACAACAACAGCAGCAGCAAGUAACCAAAGAUGGUACAGUAUCGCCAACGCCCGUUGCCGAGUCACCAACUCGAGCUACGGCCCAUCAACAAAUGACCACUGGUGUUUUGUCCGAUAAGGCACAUCUGAAAGAGGAUUACGAUCCAAACGAUUGCGCCGGCUGUGGUGAAAUGUUGAAAGAAGGUCAAGCAUUGGUAGCAUUAGAUCGUCAAUGGCAUGUUUGGUGUUUCCGUUGUAAAUCCUGUACGGCUGUUCUAAAUGGCGAAUAUAUGGGCAAAGACCGGGUGCCGUAUUGUGAAAAAUGCUAUCAGAAGUCGUUUGGCGUCAAGUGUGCGUACUGUAAUCGUUUUAUUAGCGGCAAAGUUUUGCAGGCGGGAGAGAAUCAUCAUUUCCAUCCAACAUGUGCUCGCUGCACCAAAUGUGGUGAUCCGUUUGGUGAUGGCGAGGAAAUGUAUUUGCAAGGCAGUGCCAUAUGGCAUCCACGCUGUGGUCCGGGACCCAAUGAAACCGGUCUGAUAUUGAAUGGAGGCAGUGGUGUUGGUGUAUCGAAUGGCAAUUUCACCGAUACCGAAUGUGACCGCAUGAGUUCGAGUGCUUUAAGUGAUAUGUACAUACGCUCCCGAACGCCGAGUUUUAAUGGUUCCGUAUAUUCCUCUAGCCGCAAGCACUUCCGUACAGUUAGUCCAGGUUUGAUAUUACGUGAAUACGGCCGUCAUGGCGGAGAAGAUAUUUCACGUAUCUACACCUACAGCUAUUUAACAGAUGCUCCCAAUUAUUUGCGUAAACCGAUUGAUCCAUAUGAUAAGACUCCACUCUCACCACACUUCCAUAGGCCAUCAUCAUAUGCCACUAGUAAUGCCGGUUCGGUAGCUGGCAGUAGACCACCAUCGCGUCCCAGCUCACGUACACGCAGUGCCAUGAAGGUGUUAGUGGAUGCUAUAAGUUCAGAAACACCCAGACCUAAAAGUCCUGCCAUGAACAACGAAGAACCCAUAGAAUUGUCACAUUAUCCGGGUGCCAAAAAGCCACAACCGGGUGAAAAACCCAAAAUCGAACGUGAUGAUUUCCCUGCACCGCCAUAUCCCUACACUGAUCCAGAGCGAAGACGGCGUUAUAGCGACUCAUACAAAGGUGUUCCCGUAUCGGAUGAUGAGGAGGAAACCGAAAAGAAAAAUGGUGAAACAGAUUCACGCCUACAACGUGAAGCUAAGGAAUUGGAAAAACUAAAUUCCGGCAUUGGUUCAGUAAUUGCUAAAGAUUUGAAAGAAACGGCAAAAUAUCGCAAGUGGAAACAACAAAAUCUAGAUCCCAGAAAUGCAUCACGUACACCAUCGGCAUCCAAAGAACCAGUAUAUAAAUUAAGAUACGAGUCUCCAAUUGGUGCCUCACCAUCACGUCAUUUGGAUCAUCAGAAGCCAUUCUACGAGGAUGAAAUCUUCGAUCGUUCAACGAGCUACAGAGGAUCACUUGGUAAAUCAUUGGGCAAUGCACCAAGUUAUAACGUGGUGAGCUCUCUACGUCAUGUACCUAAACCUGGAUACGGCUUAGCUCCACGUUCCCACACUUUUAGUUCAACCACAUCGGCCGGCGCCAUUAUGCACGGCGUCACCGAUUUUUCAUAUGGAGGUCUUGGUGAUAAAACGCACAGUACAGAUUUAAGUUGUGGCAAAUCAGAAGCCUCAGUUGAUUCUAUAACCGAAGGUGAUAGACGUGCAUUAAUGGGUGGUGAUUUACCCGCAUCUAGCACAUAUUCGGGCGCUUUGUCUUAUCAUUAUCCCCAGGCUGGUUUAAUACGCCGCAGCUUGCCUAAUAUGGCCCAUUCGAUGCUGGUACAUGAGCCGGCUAAAAUUUAUCCUUAUCAUUUGCUUGUUAUCACAAACUAUCGUUUGCCUUCAGACGUUGAUCGCUGCAAUUUAGAGCGCCAUUUAUCAGAUGUUGAAUUUGAACACAUUUUACAAUGUACAAGAGCCGAUUUCUACAGAUUCCCACAAUGGCGACGAAAUGAAUUGAAACGACGUGUUAAAUUAUUCUAAAUCAA